UCUGCCUCCUAUCUGCAUCUGCUGCAGAGCUUAGCCAACACGCAUCUAUGCUGUCUCUCUCUCUCUCUCUCUCUCUCUCUCUCUCUGUCUCUCUUGUUUUCCCACAACCUACCUAUUUCUACCCACCAGAAUCCGCUCCUUUCUUUCUUUCCUUUGCUUGAUAAGGGAGUCAGCGCACACCUACACCCGUGGAGUCUGAAGGGAGAGACGGGGCAGUCAGUAGUCGUCACUUUGGAGUACUGAGGACGGCGGUGAACCGGAGGAGAGCGCCGGAUGGGUUAGGAGCCGUGAAACCCACAUCACUCACCGCGGAUUGAGCAAGCCUCUCUCCCACCCCCACCCCCCCCUCACCAACCCCACAUCUCUCCAUCCCUUCGCUCUGUCUCUCCCUAGUCUGCAGCCUCCAAGAACAGCCGCCGCAUCAUUUUUUUCAGAGCAGCAGCCCCCUCCCUCCCUCCAUCCUCUCUCUUUCUCUCCAUCUCCCUUUUCUGCUGCUUGCACCACUGUGGGAAUGCAGCGAAGGUAAACGAAUCGUAGAGGCUUCUUUUUUUUCUUCUUCUUCUUCUUCUUCUUCUUCCCCCCCCCCCACACCCCCUCCCUCGCCAAACAACACCGGAUCUAUCCUCACAGUGGCGGACUGCGGACAGACAGCUCUGGAGACACACGGCUGUCACUCCGGGAAAAUCAGAGUGGGGUGGUCGGCGUAAGGGAUUGGACUAGAUCAGUUUGGAUUUACCCCCGCUAACCCCGGACACCACCACUACCUACACCACCCCAUCUCACUUGCAGAUCACACCAGAUCCCCCUUCCUGCCCUGCCUCGUUUCAGUUUAGGUGGCUUUCACCGGCUCUCUCCCUGUACUGGAUUACCGGCAGCUGGAGCGACCAGAAAAAAAAAAGAAAAAAAAGGGUGGCCGGGCAUGGAGAACUGAGGGGAAUAUUAGAGGGAAAACUUGAAGUAGCCGACAAGACACCUGCAAGAGAAAAAGGGAAGCACUCUAAUGUAUGUAUAUAAAGUCAAAUGAACUCAAAUGAAACCUAAGAGAAUAAAGGAAUAAAGGAAAAAUCGGUGGUUCAUAUUUUAAGGACCUUAUGCGGCCGAUAAUCAACCAAUUGAGAGUGGAGAAGGGUGCUGCCGUAGCCUGGGUUGUUGAUCUACGCACGCACACACGCACAUGGAUUUACAGCUCCAGUCUGAAGCGGAUCGAUAUCCCUCUCCGUUCUUUUUUUUUUUUUUUUUUUUUUUUACGUCGCCUUUUCUUAACAAGGGAGUGAAGCAUCCUGGGAUUUAUCAUCGCUUCGUUAGCGCUGAACUACAGUGAGGUUGCCCCCUCGCUUUGCGCUCUCACCUGUCCAUAACCUGUGUGCUUGUGUGGAAGUGUGUAUAUUCUUGUGCAUAUUGGUGUGUGUGUGUGUGUGUGUGAGAGAGAGUGUGUGUUUGGUUUGUUGUCCGCCAGAGGGAGUGUAGGUUAUAUUGCUUGUGUAUGCAUUUGAGUGCUGUGCCAGAUUUUAAUUAGUAGUGUGUGACAGUGAGUGAUUGAGUCUGCUUGUGCCUGUGCAUUAGUUUACGUUUUAUGUUUGUGCAUGUAGAUGUUUAGGCUAGGCAUUGUGUCGGUACUUACUUAAGAUGCCCAGCAUUUCUUCUGCACCACAUCCCCUUCCUCGUAUAUGCCCUUGCAUCAUUUGGCCACCUGUUUGACCUCCUGAACACCUCAAGAGACGGAAAAAGCUGCGGCAGGAUGAGUGAGCGCUCAGGUGCAAGCACUCUAGCAGCCAUGACGCUGGAGGAGCCAGGGGCUGAACAGGCAUCCCCCCGAGCCCCGGGCCCCCUCCGCUGUGGCCCCUGUGCUGUUUGGCCUCGCCAGCAGACCUGGCUGUGUGCCGUGCCCCUGGUGAUGGGUUUUGUGGGAUUGGGACUCAGUCUCAUGCUGCUGAAAUGGAUUGUGGUGGGAUCUGUCCAAGACUAUGUGCCCACAGAUCUGGUGGAUCCCAAAGGUAGCAUUGGACAGGACCCUAUAUUUCUCUCCAAACCCAGUGCCAUGCCCAAGGGCCCUGACAUUUCCACUGCAACCACUACUUCAGCUGCCUCUACCACAGCAAUGGUGUCGACUACCACACCGCUAGCCGCGGAUGGUACCGCCCCAGCGCCAAGAACUCGAUCAGGGCCACCAGCAAACCACUCAGCCAAUGGCAGCACUGCCAAUGGAGAUGGCAACCGCGCCCCACAUCUUCACAACCGCGUAGGCACUCGCAUUAGUGGGACUGUGGUUACCACCUCCACCACUCGCGCCACCCGACUCACCCCACCACCCAAUGGUAAGGAAGUCACCCCUCGCAGCACCGUCAGAAAAGGAAGCAGUGCUAGUAAUGGACGUAAUGGAGCUGCCAACUCAAAGCCAGGACAGACUUCUGCUACCAUUACCACCACAGCACCCACCACAACUACGGCUACUGUGAAGACCACCUCCAAGGUGCAGCCGACCACUUCCCAACCGGCAGUCCCUGUCAAGCCCACGUCACGCUGGAAUCAUGGGCGCCCAGGAAAGGGCCCAGCCACACGCCCACACCACCGUUUCCGAACACCCGUGGCCCCCACACUUCCUAGUCUACGUUCAGAGGUCUUCAAGCCAUGUGUGGAAGACAAGGACCUGGCCUUUUGUCUAAAUGAGGGAGAGUGCUCCAUCAUUGAAACCGUGGCUGGGGUUCACAGACACUGCAGGUGUAAGGAGGGCUACCAUGGACUACGCUGUGACCAGUUUGUACCCAAGACAGAUGCUAUCUUGUCAGACCCAACGGAUGAACUUGGGAUCGAGUUCAUGGAGAGUGGUGACACCUACCAGAGGCAGGUGCUGUCCAUCUUCAGCAUUGCCUCAGGGAUCUGUCUUCUUGGAGUGGCAUGUAUGGCUCUCUACCGCCGCAACAAAAGACACAGGGAAAAACUCCAGGCUCAUUUCUCUGACAGCCGCAGCCUGAGGGACUGCAGUGUCAACGCCUCUGGCCUCAUGUCCAAAUCUACUCCCAGGCUUCAAUACAGCCUUCAACUCCAAAAGAGCUGCAGUUCUCAUGGAUCAUCUGUUAAGAGUGGCAGCGUGGCACCAGGCACAUCAACAGCAGCCCCACCAAUUCUCAGCAGAGCGCUGUCUAAAGGGAAACGCUUCAGGAGUAGUUCUCUUUCACUCAGUCCUGCCCAACAACGGAGGGAGAAUAAUUACUUCAGGACGCCACCCAUUUCUAGAGGGAAACACAAAAUAGCAACAAAUCUCAUCGAUGGAUCAAGAGUGGCUGGCCGUGUCUACAAACACUUGCAGGAGGAUGAGUCAACAGACAUGGAGACCAUAAGAAGGUGUGAUUCUGCCAGUGGAAGAGUCGGCGCCCUCCUCAGCAGGACCUCCCUCACUCACUUCGCAGCCAGAAAGGGAUGGACCGAGGUCCCCUGCACCCGCCUGGACAAGGGAACGACCUUCCUUCCACCCUCCCUGCGCACCCGAUCUGUGCCCAUCAUCCCUUCGCUUCAAGCGUGUGACCUCGAGGCGGGGAAUGUGGACACGAAUGACCGGAUCCAAGGGGGGCUCAUAAAGUGGCACCCCAUGCUGGCUGGGAAGACAGUGGUGCCCAUUAGCAAUUCUCCAUCUCCACCCUGUGAGACUGUUGUGCUGGCGCCUGGUGUUAUGCCCAGCAGUGUUAGCCCCCCUGCCACCACCACCACCGUUACACUGGGGUCGGAGAAGAAUCUCAGCUCCACACAAACACCCUGCGCCAUUGAAAUUACGGUGGAACUUGGGCACGAAUUAAAACAGAAAAGCCUUCCCAGCCCCAUGAAAAUUUCUGGGUCUCACAGCGAGAGCCAACGCCGUGGCACAAACACUCCAGAGGCUGGGACUGUGCGGGAGUCAGAAGGGAAAAGUGUCCAAUAUUCAGCCAGAGUUCUGCACACAGGCAGUGGGACCAGAGGUUUGAAGGCAGCAGGCCAAAGAGAAGCCCAGGGACAGUGCCAAGGUCAGACGUCCCUCGUGUACGGAGGCGCAAACUGCUCCUUGGCCACCAAAGGACCCAGCUGCAGAGGAACUGGAAACGCUUAUGCCAAGCCCUCUGCAAGCUGAUUGGAUUAAGUCUGUAAAGCUUCAAAGACAGUGUUUCCAAUAACUGUAUACCUUUGCUGGUGGCACAGAAUGGUUGGAAGGUGACACCAUCUGUGUGGCCGCAUGGACCAAUAACAGAUGGCUGUUCGAUUUUGAAGGAACGUCAACAGAUUGAACUGCCGAGGGAAAAAAUAUUGACACAACAAAAGACAAAUUAUAAAGAAAAAGAGACAAACAAACACACAUUGUGAAUAAAUGUGACUCAAUAAGGAAAACAAAACCGUGACUUGAGUGGGAGCUUGACUUAAACAGUGUAUUGAAAAAAAAUGCCACUAUUUAAAAGGAGCUUCUACUUAGAAACCAAAAUAGUGUGUCAUCUCUAUGUUGUUUCUCUAUUGUAAAGAAAUGAAAUUAUAUAUGUCAUAUAAUAUAUGUCAUAUAGACGUAUAUAUAUUUGACUACAAUUGUGACAAAAUAAAGACUAAGAUAACAGUGUUAA